CUCAAGCCAUCACCACCGCUCGCCACACCCCUUCCCCCGACAGUCUCCCCCUGUUCACAGCCACAAUGACCUCCUCCACAACAGCAUCCCAAGCAGAGUUGCAGGCCGCCAGGGUUCCUCUGGGUUGGAGAGAUCAAUGCUCUGCCCUCUUGAUCCCUCUCAACGUCUGCCGACACAAGGAACUUUACAUGCCAUGGAAGUGCGAGGACGAGAGACACGGCUACGAAAACUGUCAAUACGACGACUAUGUCCGCCGGAUGAAGCUGCUUGUCAAGCAGAAGAAGGAGGCUGCCGAGGCCGCUGCUGAUGACGAAUAGGUCGUGCAUCCAGCAGAUCUGUAUUAUGUGGUGUAAGAGGACUGUAUGCAUAGGAGACAUCUCGGCCA